GAUGACUGCUUUGUACCUAUGUCUACAAGCGUUCCCAAAGCCCCAUGGAAUCUACAUGGAAGUUGGAAGGCAAUCAAGGAAGAUGAUGAUGAGUUUUAUAUCCAAACUCAGAGCGACGUUGGUCUUGAGUUCGUGGUCGAUGACCAGGAGAAUUUGGAGGUUGUAUGCACAUUGUGCGCUCGAUGGUAUCCUCGCGGUAUGCAUGAAAAAAUCAAUAAUCAUAUUCGAUCAUUCCAGCAUCUUAGCCAUUAUUUGCACGCCACCAAUCGCAAUCUACUUUCUAUGGUAAUGGUGCAGAAAACUGAAGCUGCUAGUAGAGAGUUAGCUCUUGAAUGGCUAAAGCGUUCAAUUCACCAUGACAUGGAUGAAAUGCGAGUUUAUUCACCGGAAAUGGCACAGAAAAUGAAGCAUUGGGGCACCAUAACCAUGAGGAAGGUGAGUAUCAUUUUGUGUUUCCGGUACAACUACCCCCGGGGUGAUUAA